AUGGAUCUACUGUUGGAGAAUUGGGGGACCUUUAAAGUAAAUGCAUAUAAGUACAGAUGUAAUGAAACAGGAAGUAACCCUGCCUCUCCUCUCCAGUGUAACCCGGUGAUGAUCGAUGCCAAGGAGGUCUCUGCCGCCCACCGCGCUCGCUACUUCUGGGGAAACCUGCCCGGCAUGUCCAGACCUCUGUCAGCCAUGUCGAAUGACAGGUUGGACCUACAGGAGUGCCUCGAGCACGGACGUACAGCCAAGUUUGAGAAGUUGCGUACGAUAACGACACGCUCCAACUCUGUGAAGCAGGGGAAAGACGAGCAUUUCCCCGUCUUCAUGGAAAGCAAGGAGGACAUCCUGUGGUGCACCGAGAUGGAAAGGGUGUUUGGUUUCCCCGUCCACUACACCGACGUGUCCAACAUGAGUCGUCUGGCGCGUCAGAGGCUGCUGGGACGGUCCUGGAGCGUCCCUGUCAUCCGGCACCUCUUCGCCCCGCUCAAAGAGUACUUCGCCUGCAACUAGUCACACACCAACUCUCUCACACACACACACACACACACACACACACACACACACACAUAUAACAUACAGCACACAGCACACAGCAUACAGCUAGUACAUGAGGGUUGGCUGACGCAGGAUGACACAGAUGACCGAACAUACUCACAUACAGGCCUGCCACAAUAACUACAUAAUAUAAUGUCCCAGAAAUAAUGUCAUAUUAAUGUCAUUUUAGGACUAUUUUAAGCCACAGAUAUACUAAUAAUAUAAAUGAAUAAUAACAUGCAACUACACCGUUCCAAAGAGGUAACCAUUUUUUAUUAUAAACAAUAUUUCAAGGAAUUAGUUGACUUCUAAUAUAUCCUUAAUAAAAUAUAAGAUGAAUUAAUUCACACCACAAAACCCUGCUGUUAUUCUGGCAUCAUGUAAGCUGAAAUGUUGUUGACAUUAUUUAUUUAUGCAAUUAAUAAACACGUCAUGUUCAUAAAUCAUACGAUAGUCAAUAAUGUUAUUAUUGUGACAGGCCUACUACACACACGCACGCACGAACGCACGCACGCACGCACGCACGCAUACACAUACAUACAUACACAAUAAAGGACUGCUUCCCUGGAUCCCAUGUAGACCACUGGCUGACCUUAGUCCCCUGGUGCUACCUUUCUGAUUCUACACACACACACACACACACACACACACACACACACACACACACACACACACACACACACACACACACACACACACACACACACACACACACACACACACACACACACACACACACACACAAAACUGGUGCAGGGUUUAAUGUCCUGUCUUCUUAACACACACUCUUCCCUUCCGACCUUCAAACUGGUGUCUUCUUCUGGCUUUACUGUGUGAGGUCAAACCUCCGGGGAGUUGAACGCUGACAAAGACGCCUGACUUUCUGUUUCUGACUUCUCUCUGAAUACAGCUACACAUCAGAGAAUCAAACUGUAACUGUUUCCAUGCGUAGUGAUACUGCUGCUGACAAAUAUACGAAAACACACACAUCAGUUAACAAUCAUGGUGCUGGUCAGGCAGUGUUAGAGUUCAAAUGGUGCCGCUUUCAUACACUUUUAAAUACAAGAUGUUGGUGCUCGAGGUGACCGAAUGCUCUCUGGUUGUUUCAGUCGCUGCAGUUUGUCUUCCCUAACUUAGAUGAACUAUCUAUUGCAAGCAGGUGGGAGCAACACUAAGCAAGUGUGCUGACAUUUUAAGAUAUAUUUAUGUGGCAAAAAAGAGUCCGAAAGAAAAAUGCAAUUAUGGACAGUAGGAUUUGUAAGAAGCCUUUUUUUACGUAACUUCUACUAAAUUAGAAUUUAAUUAGUUUUCUUUUCUUUUUGGAAAGCUGCACUAGAGAACAGAUCAUUAAAAAUGUCUGCAAUUUGAAAUACAAAUUCACAAAUUGGUGAAUGUGCAUGUUUCCUCAAGUAAAUACUUGACUACUAACCCUAACUUUCUGCCUCUUUAGUGUUUGCAGCGCCUUCCAGUGGGCAGAAAAAACAUUUCAUGAAUCUGAUUAAAAAAAAUACCGUUGUGUUAGCUGUCAAACAAAUAAAAAAAUAGAGGAAGAAUAAAGUCAGAUUUUAGACCUUAUACUAUAUUCGGUUUUGCAAUACUUUAGGCAGUGAUUGUAAAUAAGAUUAGCAAAUGCUUUGGGUAAUAUGCGAUCAUAUUCUUUACACUAGUCGUAUUUUAAGAAUUUGUUUAUUCCCACUUGUACUACAACAUGUGGGUGUUUUCUGACCCGAACAUCUUAAAUGAAUCAAUCCAGAUGAGAUUGUUUCUGCCUCCAGAGGCCAAUUGC